AGGGCUAGAAAGCGAUCAGUGCAUAGCAGUCGUGCCACAGGGAAGAAGGAACUAGUCGAGGAGGUUGGAGACCCUCCUGGUGGUGGUCGUUCAUACACUGGUACACAAGAGGGUGGUUUAAAACCGAUAUCAGCUGAUUUCAUCCAUGUUUGGACACGGUUUUUGAAUGCGCACCCUCCUGUGAGGGUGUAGAAUGGAAAGGAGCCUCUACGCAGACACAGUGCUCACCGCUCCCACUGUCUAUCCCCGCACCACCAUGAUGAAGAAGGACAUUCAUAUCAGCCUGGACGAACACACCUCCGAGCUCAAGACCAAUCCACUCCGCGACGCCGAUGGCCUCCUCAACUCACCAGACUUGGGGCUUCUCAAACUGACGUCCCCGGACCUGGAGCGUCUCAUCAUCCAGUCCAACAACCCGGCAUCCCAGUUCCUCUACCCGAAGUCUGCCAGCGACGAGCAGGAGUUCGCCGAAGGGUUCGUCAAGGCUCUGGAGGAUCUCCACAAGCAGAACCAGCUGAGCGAGGCGGGCUGCGUCUCGGUGGACAGACUGGAGCUCCUCGGUGCUUCCAGCACGGUGGGAUCCGCUGGGCUGCAGACGUCUGAUCUUCCGGUAUAUACCACCUUGAACGGCUAUGCUGCCAGCCCACUGGGGGCCACAACGAUCAACUACACCACGGAUACCAUCCCCUUUCCGCCGCCUCCGUCCCAUCUCAGCCCGCAGCAGCAGACAGCAACCGCCGCCGCCUUAUCGCGGCUCCAGUCCGGAGGCGUCGUGAAGGACGAGCCGCAGACAGUUCCGGACAUGCAGAGCCUUGGCGACAGCCCGCCUCUGUCGCCGAUUGACAUGGACAACCAGGAGCGUAUUAAGGCCGAGAGGAAAAAGCUGCGCAACCGGAUAGCAGCCUCCAAGUGCCGCAAGCGGAAACUGGAGAGGAUCUCUCGGCUGGAGGACAAAGUGAAGAGCCUGAAGACGCAGAACACCGAGCUGGCCUCCACAGCCAGCGUCCUCAGGGAGCAGGUAGCCCAGCUGAAGCAGAAGGUUAUGAACCACGUCAGCAGUGGAUGCCAACUUUUACCAAACCAAGUCCAAGCUUACUAAUUCCACCAAUGGUUGACUCUUGAAAAGACUUAUGUGGCGUGUAUGUCUUUCAUGAAGUUCCUAGUGUAGAUCCACCCUGCAGGUGGGUGUGACUGACAGGCCCCAGCUGAAAGUGAAAGGUCAAAGGUUAUAGGAAGUCAUGCAAUACCAAGAGUGUUGAUGCAUUCAUGCGGAAGCUGGACAAUCUCCACAGACAAAUACAAGUGCUGCCAUUCAACUGUGUAUAUAUAUGUGUAAAUAUAUACAGUCUUACUUGUUUACAAUGCACUAAGCAAUGACAAAUAUAUAUAUUUUUUAUUUACUGAAACAUUUAUUAUUCCUCCUGGUCAUAUUUACUUGUUUUUUUUAAUGGACACGUGCAUGUUUUGUAGCUGUUGUAUACGUACUAUACAAUGUAUGUACAGUAUUUGUCUCCAUGGUGGCUGCUUAGUAGCCUCCCAUGAAUGUAUACUUGUGUACUUGUAUUCAUGUAUGAUGGGUUCUCAGCACUCUACCUGACAUUUAUUAAAUUCACUACAUUACUAAAGGUAGUGUAUUCUCAGCUUUUUAAAGUGUUUUCCAUCGAUCAGUAAUUCCCAACCACUGUGCCAUGAGAAAUCAUCAGGUGUGCUGUAGGCAAGUUUGUUGGUUAUAAAGUUUCCUUCAAAUGUAUCUUUGUGUACAAUAAGAGGCAGAUCGAUUAAAUGGUCUUCCACCAGAUGGCAGAAGUUACAUAAUUAACCUACGUGCAUACUUCUUAUGACAUUUGGGCAACACCUCCAUAAAUGGAGAAAUAAUCACACCGUGGAUUGUGACGCCCUCUGCUGGACAAAAAGAUGAACUGUCAACGUCACAGGCACACAUGACUCAAUGAGUUAACAUUUGGGAAUAAUUGGAGCGCUUCAACAAAAUCCAGCUG